AUGGACCUGUGCAGGGUCUGUCUUGGACCUAAACCCAAUAGGGAUAUAUUUUCCAAGUCACAAAAGACGAGAAGUGACAAUAAAAGUUUUGCCGAGAUUUUUAUGUUUUGUUUCGACAUACAGGUUGAUGAGGACUCAAAAAUCAGUACAAAAAUAUGUAUAAAAUGUUACAGUAAAGUUAGAACUUAUUAUAACUUUAAAUGCCUAGCUGUAAAAAGUGAUGCUUACUUAAAACAAUUACACGAGGAAAGCAUUGUUAAAAAUGAAGUAUUUUUAAGAGAUGAUGAUGAUGAUAUAAAGAAUGGACAUGAACAGCCAUCAUCACCAUUGAGUAAUGACACUCAGGAACCAGAGGUGAUAGUGAAGGAUGAACCAAAGGACGAAAUUCUUUUUAAAAAUGGGGACGACUCUCAUGAUUAUGACGACGACAACGUGUUGUUAAGUGUAAUCAAGAAUUUAAAGUAUGAAUAUGUUGAAGAUGAUAGUAAAGAAGAACAACCACUAAAGAAAAAAAAGAAAAAGAAAGAUGUUGUUGUUAAGAGUAGCUCGGAUCCUGUUAGACAAAUAUGUGAAGAAUGUGGCAAAGCAGUGAAGGACCUGAAGGCUCACUCGUACCUCCACAUGCCAGUGUCCUGCCGCAAACGUUUCAAAUGCAAGAGCUGUGACAAAGUCUUCUCCAGCCACAGUGCACGAAACAAACACAACAAGAUAAAACAUUUAGGAUUAAAAAAGCAAUGUGAGAUAUGUAAUAAAACGGUCACACAUCUCAAACAGCACAUACGCCUGAUACACAAUCGCUCCUCGCUACCGUUCUACUGCGUGUCCUGUGGUCGCAGGUUCAUUUCCAAGUCUACGCUAGACCUGCACAUGACGUCACACACCAGAGAUCGCCCCUUCCCCUGUACGGAAUGCGAUAAAAAGUUUUCUUGUAAACAAAGAAUGCUUAUUCAUAAGCGUCAAGUACACGACAAGGAAAAGACGCACCUAUGUCAAUUAUGUUCUAAGAGCUUCUUCAAGAAAUAUCAUUUACAAGUACAUUUAAGGAGCCAUUCCAAAGAGAAGCCGUAUGAAUGUCCAGAAUGUGGCAAAUUUUUCUCCACCACUACGAUCCUCAAGAGUCACCGAGAGAUCCAUUCAGAGGAGAAAGCCUUUAAUUGCACUCUCUGCAGUAUGUCCUUCAAAAAAAGGAACUACCUAAAUGUCCACAUGGUCAGUCACACCAAGGUGAAGCGCUACCCUUGUCAGUACUGCGGCAUCAAGUUCGGACGGUCAGAUCAUCGCAAGCGGCACGAGUACACAGCACACGAGAAGAAUUUCAUCAGCGCCUAA